GCUUGGCCAAUGGUUAAGAGGGCGUUCGAAUUUUAUCCAAAUCAAGAAUUCGCUGACAUUAAUGUUAUCACAGAUUGCAUGCACGUUGCAUCCGAACCCGGCGACUAUGUAUUCAAAAAAGUACCAUAUAUGCUGCCCAAUACGAAGGAGGCGCCGCUCAUGGAAGCAGCUAUAGAAGGCCCGACGUCGGAGGUGUGCGGCCUCUACGUGAUUGGUGAGCCCGACACCAUUGUCGAAAUAACAAUGAAACACUACGAUGUCAAUUGUGCGACCGGCGGUCUAAUGGCUUUUGUUGAUGGCUGGGAGUUGAAUGGCGAAUAUUUUCCAGGCAUUAAGGAUCAUCAUCGCGGGCUGGAAGAGCGUGUCGUUGAGUUUUGCAACAAUUUCAAGCAGUGGCCACGUGUUGCGAAUAAGAAAUUCUUCCGUUCAAGUCAAAAUGCUGCGCUGCUGCAGUAUCGUAUUCCCUUACGAGGCUCUUUCAUCGCCCACGUCCGCUUUCACAAAAUUACGAAACCUUGCAACGUGCUGGUGCAGGAUACGACCGCCAUCUUCAAUAUGGCUAACUCUGGCUAUCAACGCAAUUGCACCAUAUCAGCACUCUUCCCAGCCACAGUGGCUGUGGCCAAUCUGAAAAUCGGCGGCAAGAAUGUGCGUGGCGAAAAGGUUAAUUACGAUUGCGGCAUGUAUGAUGAUCGCUUGGAAAUCGGCGGGUCGUCUGGACUGGAUGCAAUCGCAAUGGAGAAGGCGGCCGACGUUUGCGGCUACUCAGAUCAGCAGGGACCAGAACAGGCCAUUUUCUGCGGCGUGACUACGGUGCGUCUAAUCUCCACUGGACGAUAUCAAAAUCACGCUACUGUAAUUAUACGCAAGGCCGACGAAAACGAUCUGGACAUAGCCACGCUUGUAUGUGCUCUGUAA